GCAUUUUGAGCUGAAACUUCACAGACACACUCUGAAGACACAAAAGACUUGUUUUACAUCUGGAACAAUUCCUAUCUGACGUGGGAAUCAGACAGCAGACUCUAUAUAUAUGAAUCAAUGAAUCUGUGUGGACAUCUGUGUCUGUUUCACUGAAAGCACAACCAUGAUCUUUGUCAGUGUCCUCCUUCUCUUGGUUCAGAUGAACUCCAGGCUGCUAAUAUCUGCAGACACAGUAAACACGUGUGAUGGGACUGUCCUGAGUCUCAGCUGUGAAAACGGGAAGAUUCAGGUAACUGCUGCAAACUAUGGACGUACAGAUAAAUUCAUCUGCUCUGAAGGACGUCCAUCUUGGCAGCUCCAAGACACCAACUGCUAUUCACCAAAUGCACUGGCUAUGGUGUCAAAAAGCUGCAAUGGCUUGAAAAGUUGUGAGUUUGUGGUGGCACAUACAAUCUUCACUGAUCCCUGCAUUGGCACAUACAAGUACCUUUCAACUACCUAUUUUUGCAGCCCAUCUGAAAUACGUUCAAGUACAGCCUGUGAAAGUACAAACGCUGUCCUGAAUUGCGAGGCAGGGACUGUCAUACAUAUUCAAACUGCUAACUACGGGCGAACUGAUAGCAGCAUAUGUUCUGCUGGACGACCUGCUUCUCAGCUUACCAAAACGGACUGCUACAGCCCAAAUUCCCAGACCGUGGUCACUAAUGGAUGUAAAGGGAAGAACAGCUGCACUAUAUCAGCCUCCAACGGUGUUUUCUCAGAUCCAUGUUUUGGCACAUACAAGUACCUGUACAUCUCCUACGUCUGCAUGCCUCAGUAAUGAUCGGAUCUUCUGGUUUUGGAAAGUUUAUUCUCUGUCAGCAUCUGAAACUAAAUCAUUCAUUCAUAGUUUUAUUCAUUAGUGCCUUAUUUAUCAGUGGUCACCACAGUGGAAUGAACUGCCAACUAUUCCAGCAUAUGUUUUAUACAGCGGAUGCCCAUUCAGCCGCAACCCAGUGCUGCGAAACAUCCAUACACACUCAUUCAUAUACACACACUCAUACACUAAGGCCAAUUUAGUUCAUCAAUUCCCCUAUAGCGCAUGUGUUUGGACUGUGGGGGAAACCGGAGCACCCGGAGGAAACCCACGCCAACACGGGGAGAACAUGCAAACUCCACACAGAAAUGCCAACUGGCCCAGUUCGGACUCGAACCAGUGACCAACUUGAUGUGAGGUGCAUCAUGCCGGCGUGAAACUGAAUUAAUAUGGUCUCUCAGGGGAAAUUUGUAAUAGUAGCUUGAUGCGGGUGGAGGGUUUGCAAAAAAUGCUUUUCUUUUGUAGUAUUUGUCUUGUUUCUAGUGCAAACAUCUACAAAUUCUUAAACCAAGAAGCAUUUUCUAGACAAGCAAAAAAUACUGUCUUGUUUUCAGAAAUAAUAAGUCAAAACGAAGUCAGUUUUUCGUUAAAACAAGGAAACUAAUCUGCAAAUGGGGUAAACGAAAUAAUCGUUUGUCAAAAUGAAAAACAAGUAUAUUUUUCUUACAUUAUUAGCAGAUUAUUUAGCUUGUUUUAAGGAAAAGAAAGCUCAAUUUUGACCCAUUAUUUCUAAAAACAAAACUUUUUUGUAUUUGAAAUUGCAUCCUGAUUUAUGGAUUUUUAGACAUUUGGACUAAAAACAAGAGCAAAAUUCUAAGUUGAUAAAGUCUUGAUAAAGAUAUUCUUUUCUUUCGUUCCUUUUUUAAUUUAAUGAACAUUUAAGGGUCCUUGAUUAUACUCUGUAUUGGGAGUUUCUUUAAAAUAAAUGCAUUGAAAAUGGGAA